GAAAGCUCCCGCGAAACUUCCAUCUUCCAUUAAAUGGACUUUAACUCGGACAUUGAGAUGGUCGUUAGCUCGAUAAACAUUUUAUUCUUAUGAUAAUGAUCGUGUGUUCGCACAAAGUCAUUUCUUGUCAAUUUUUCAAUUGAUCGUAUUGUGCGAGAACGUGGAAAAAAAUAGUUGCCAAAAAUAUUUCUUCGAAAGGGGGUGACAAAAAAAAAGCCUUCUUCUUAAUCGAGAUCGAAACAGGGUUGUUUGGUGUAAAGAAAAGAAUGAAGACUAUAAAAAAAGUCCACCUUUCUAAGUCGCGUUCAUUCAGCGUGUCGUAGGGAUGAUAAUUUAAAAAAAAAAAAAUACGAAAGGAUAAAUAAUAAAAGGAAAUUACAGCAAUAAAAUGUUGGUCCUAAUCAUUUCCGUUUUAAUAUUAACUAAUACGUUCAUAGAUUCGUUAGAACCUCCUGAUGAAAAUGACAAUGUCCUUCACAUUGGUGGUAUUUUCCCAAUUAACGGAAAGGGUGGUUGGCAAGGUGGUCAGGCUUGUAAACCAGCCGUAGAUUUGGCAUUGGAUGAUGUUAAUCGAGAGAAGAAUUUGUUACCUGGUUUCAUUCUGAAAUUGCAUUCUAAUGACAGCGAGUGCGAACCUGGCCUUGGUGCGUCGGUAAUGUACAAUCUGCUGUAUUACAAGCCCCAAAAACUAAUGUUGUUAGCUGGAUGUAGUACAGUUUGUACCACUGUUGCUGAAGCUGCGAAAAUGUGGAAUUUGGUUGUCCUAUGUUAUGGUGCUUCAUCGCCAGCUCUGUCAGACAGAAAUCGAUUCCCAACUUUGUUCAGGACACAUCCAUCCGCCACCGUGCAUAAUCCUACGAGAAUCAAACUUUUACAAAAAUUUGGCUGGUCACGAGUCGCCAUACUUCAGCAAGCCGAAGAAGUGUUCAUUUCUACAGUAGAAGACCUAGAAGCACGGUGUAAAGAAGCAGGAAUAGAAAUAGUCACUCGUCAAAGCUUUCUCUCUGAUCCUUCAGAUGCUGUGAGAAAUCUACGUAGACAAGAUGCAAGAAUAGUCGUUGGUCUUUUCUAUGUUGUAGCUGCUAGGAGAGUACUAUGCGAGUUAUAUCGUCAUAAUCUUUAUGGGAAAAGUUAUGUUUGGUUUUUCAUCGGUUGGUAUGAGGACAAUUGGUUUGAGAUGAAUCUUGAUAAAGAGAAUAUCGCUUGUACUAAAGAACAAAUGAGACAAGCUGCUGAAGGCCAUUUGACAACUGAGGCUCUUAUGUGGAAUCAAAAUAAUGAUACAACUAUCAGCGGUAUGACGUCAGAAGAUUUUAGGCUAAAAUUGAAUAAAAUGUUGAAGGAAGAUGGCUAUGACAUCGAUAACAAUCGGUAUCCUGAAGGUUAUCAGGAAGCUCCGCUUGCAUAUGAUGCUGUUUGGUCUGUAGCGUUAGCAUUUAACAAAACAAUGGAGAAAUUGAGUAAACUUGGCAAGAGCUUGAAGAACUUUACUUAUACUGACAAGGAAAUCGCCGAUGAGAUUUAUUCGGCUAUCAACUCGACGCAAUUCCUCGGAGUUUCCGGAUACGUAGCUUUUAGUUCGCAAGGUGACAGGAUAGCAUUGACACAGAUUGAGCAAGUAAUCGAUGGGAAGUAUGUUAAGUUAGGAUACUAUGAUACGCAAAGUGACAAUCUUACAUGGCGAAACAUGGAGCGUUGGAUUGGUGGAAAAGUACCUCAAGAUAGAACAAUAGUAAGGACGAUUCUAAGAACGGUAUCACUGCCUUUAUUUAUAUGUAUGGGAACUAUAUCGUCUGUUGGAAUCGUUAUAGCGAUUAUAUUGAUUAUUUUCAACAUCUGGAAUAGACAUCGGAGGGUAAUUAUGUCUUCUCAUCCAGUAUGUAACACGAUCAUGCUAGUCGGUGUGAUAGCCUGUUUCAUAUCUGUAUUUCUUCUUGGAAUUGAUGGUAGAUUUGUUUCACCUAAUGAAUAUCCAGCAGUUUGUCAAGCCAGAGCAUGGAUGUUAUCAACAGGUUUUACUCUUGCAUUCGGUGCUAUGUUCAGCAAAGUAUGGCGAGUUCAUAGACUCACAACGAAAACGAAAGCUGAUCAAGCAAAGUUGUUCAUAGGCAAACAGAAAGUUUCAUCUAUACAGAAGAAGGUUCAACCAUGGAAGUUGUACACUAUGGUAAGCGGAUUAUUGGUGAUGGACAUCGUUCUUCUUGGUCUGUGGCAAGGAUUUCAUCCUUUACAAAGAAACAUCGAGGUUUUCCCAUUGGAAUCACCUCCCACUGGAGACGAUGAUGCUAGAAUAAGACCGGAAUUAGAACAUUGUGAGAGUGAACACAAUAGCAUAUGGCUUGGAUUGUUAUAUGGUUACAAAGGUAUUAUUCUGGUAUUUGGAUUGUUCCUAGCAUAUGAAACAAGAAGUAUCAAAGUGAAACAAAUAAAUGAUUCAAGAUAUGUAGGCAUGUCAAUUUAUAACGUAGUUGUACUAUGUCUUAUAACAGCCCCUGUUACAAUGGUUAUCGCCAGUCAACAAGAUGCCAGUUUUGCUUUCGUUGCAUUAGCAAUUAUAUUUUGUUGCUUUCUUAGUAUGGCGUUGAUCUUUGUACCAAAGGUAAUAGAAGUGAUUAGACAUCCCAGGGAUAAGGCAGAAUCGAAAUAUAAUCCUGAUGUAUGCUUGUCAAAAGAGGAUGAAGAAAAAUACCAAAAAUUAUUGAGUGAAAAUGAUGAACUACAAAAACUCAUUGCUGAGAAGGAAGAGAAAAUCAAGUAUCUGAAACAAAAGCUUGCCGAACGUGACCUAUUAAAAGGAGGAGGUGGAAAUAUUGGAAAGGAUUCCUUAAUUGUUGCUGAUUUUGUGACCGGCGAGGGAACCUCAGAUAGUGCAAUCGGUGGGGGUAUUUCUGUUAAUACAAGAUCCUCUCGAGCUUCCGCUUCCGAUUUUGAGUUAUCAGAAUCGUACUUAUAAAUUCCAAUUACAAUACAAUCUUGAUUCAUUUUAAAGACGUUUCAAAUAAACCAAAGUCUUGUGUACAUUUUGUACCAAGACUAUGGUAUCUCGUAAUAGUCAUUGUCAACAGUAUUUCAUACAUGUAUCACGAAUAAAAAAAAUACUGUUAUUUAUGAGAUCAAGUUUAAAAGAAGGAAAAUAAUAUUAAAAAAGAGAAAGUCUCUCGAAUAUAUCGUGUAAAGUUUAGUAAGCAUGCGAUGAUCGACGUUUAUUCGCUUAGAUUCGUACAAAUAUUAACGAAAACGUAUUCAAAAUUUCUAUAUUUGUGUAAAUGUGUAAAUGUGAACCGUCAGAAGUAUUCGAAACCUCGCGUGAAAAUACGCGUGAAUUGAAUUUGUAAUUUCGUGUUGAUGGAAACUCGAUUGAACGUCAUUUAAGAUUCUAAUUCGAUGAUGAUGAGCAGAUCAAAUGUCGGCCUAGACCAUUUCAAACUGUUCUCUUUCUCUCUCUCCUCUCUCUCUUUCUCUCUCUCUCUCUCUCGCGCGCGCUCUCUUUUCUUUUUCUUUGAAGACUGCAAUAUUUUAGUGUUCCUUUAUUAUAAGAUUUUACUUAUAAAAUACAAAAUGAUACAAAGUAUUAUUAUAUAAUAAGAGCAUACAGAAUCAUAGCACAACUUUUUUUUUUGAUAAUCCGACAAACUUCGUUUUACGGAAUCCAAUCUUAAGGACCAACCUAAAUCCUGAAUAUUUUAUAUUCCUUGAAAUAUUGAUUUUGGAUAUCUAUACAUACAUAAAUAUAUAUACAUAUAUAUAUUUUGGUCAAUUAUAAAUGUAGGAAUGAACACGUAUCCUUCAUCUGUAAGAAACAUUGAAAAAAUUGAGAAACAUAGGUUCGAGUUUGAAAGCAACCGAAGGUCCAAUAUUUUUCGCAAAUUUUACAUUAAAUGUAAAUUUGUAAUUAUCCUAACCACGUGAAAAAUUCCCGGGUCCAAAGAAAUAACAUAUAUCCGAUCAUUUUUUAAUGAUACAAUUCAACAGAAGAGAUAUACAAAAUAUUUAUUUAUUUAUUCUUGCAAUUGAAAGUUUAAUCUACAUAUAUUAUAUAGGAUAAAAGAUAUGUGAUAGGUUUAUUUGACAAAUCUCUGUCCUUGUGACACAUCGAAUAUAGUUUAUUAUCUAAUAAAUAAAUUAGAUGAAGCAGCAAUUGCAGUUAAAUCUCGUUAGAUCAUACACGUUAUUGUUUAUUUGUUAAUCGAUGUAAACCUCAUGAAGUCUGCUCCCAAAUUUUGUAACGUUUCAAUUUAAUGCUUCCAUAUUGAUGAUUGAUAUUAUACUAAUUAUUUUUACAAAUAUCAAUAAUUAUUAAUUAUACAAAAAUACUAACGAGAUUUAAACGCUCACACAGUUCAACCAUUCAUAAAUAAUUUGGGAGUCUUAAUGAGGUGUGUUUUGUGUCAUUUUGAUCUCAUAAUAUUUAUACAAUAGAAAUAAUUGUUUUUCAUUUUGCAUUAUUAUUUAUGAAUGGGCAUUACUCUUUUAGAAUUAUUUCAUUACAUUUCAAGGAUAUGGUUUCUUACUUCUUGUUUUUAGAUACGGACAACAUCGGCUGAUUACAAGAUUAUCAUCAACUGCAAUAUCAAAGCAAUAUGAAUGAACGGGCUAAAUGUUUACGACAAAAAGCUACCUUCUAAAAUUUAAUAUUAAACAUACCUGUGUGCAAUCGUCGCUCUCGAUUUCCUAAAAGCUUUCUUUGUGUUGGACAAGAACAAAUGUUAUUCAUAAUCUCGUACAUAAAAUUUCAUCAUUUAAUAUAAUAAGAAUUGUCCAUUUUCUGAUCAUUUCGUACUAACGUUCUAACUAAAAAAAUGUAAAAGAAUCGUUUAGCAUUUUUAAAACAUGACAACACGAUUUAACUGCAAUUCUCUCUCUCUCGCAAGUUAUUAUAUUAUCAUCGUUAUCAUUACAAUAUUAUUAUUAUUGUUAUUUUGUUGUCUCACAUUAGACAAUUGUCUAGUUCAGGGGGUCGGCAACCUGCGGCUCGCGAGCCACAUGCGGCUCUUUGGAUGUGAAGCUGCGAAAGCUGUUUUACUUUUUUAUCAAAAAACUUUAUUUAUGCGAGUAUUAUUUAUUGUUGGCAAGAAAAAAAAUGUUGUGGCUCUUGAAAAACUUGGAAAUUUGGUAAAUUGUAAUUUUUGGCUCUUUCGAUUCAAAAGGUUGCCGACUCCUGGUCUAGUUUAAUGAUCAAACGUGUUUCCUUUAUGAUUGUAAUUUUAUAAUGCGUUGAAAAUUAUUAUUAUUAUUAUUAUUGUUAUUAUUAUUAUUAAUAUUAUGUAUACGUAUAACGUAGAUUAAAAAGUAAACUAUAAGCACAAGAGCAGCAAUAUGCGCGUUUAAUCUGCGGAUCUGCGCUAUCUUUAGAAAUUUUAUCAAAAAAAAAAAAAAAAAA